AUGGGAAAUAUGAAGAUGAUGAUGGCGGUGGUUAUGGCGGUGAUGACGAUGGCGAUUAGGGCGACAAUGGGCGGAGUGGUCUAUAAAGUCGGUGAUUCUGCUGGCUGGACUAAUAUUGGGCACGUGAAUUACAAGUCAUGGGCUUUUAACAAAAGAUUUCACGUUGGUGAUACUAUAGUCUUUACAUUCAACAAAGAUUUCCAAAACGUGGUGAGAGUUCCGUACAACGGAUAUCUGACGUGCAACGGCACCGUUUCUUACGACACCUACACCUCCGGCAACGACAUUUUCCCAAUUGAAUUUCCCGGCCACUAUUACUUCAUCUGCACACUUCCCGGCCACUGUGCCGCCGGUCAAAAAGUCGACAUCCGUGUGCCAAGCUCCGCCGAAUAUAACUACCCUCCUCCGGCGAUCUCCAAUGGUGGCUCCGCCCCGAUACAGCCACUUCCGUUCCCCUAUCCACCGCCAUCUGGUCCAUCUCCGUCGCCAUCGCUGGUGAAAUCCCCGACGUUUCAAUCUCCGUCGCCAUCGCUGGUGAAAGAGUCUCCGUUAUCACCGCCGGAGAUCUCCACCCCACAUGUUGCUCCGGCGCCGCCACCGAAGAAUUCAUYGACUCAAGUAGCGAUCAAUUUCGAGCUUUUGGCGACGGCGUUAAUGGCGGCUUUCGUUUAUUUGAUUGCAUUCAGUUCUUAG